AUGGAGAACGCUUCAGAAAUGGAGCUAGACCACAAACCGACCUGUGAAACUGUUCCAGGACUACCUCAAAAGAAACAUUAUCGGUAAGAAGUCCAGUAAGCAAAAGCUAAACCAGAAAUUUUUUUUUCAGGCAGCGUGCUCACUCAAAUCCUCACUCUGACCAUGACAUCGAAUAUCCCAUUUCUCCUAAUCAGUGGGUUUCGUCCUUCUAAACACAAGGAUACAAAACUUUGAUUCUCAGCAUGGAUUGGACGAAACAGUACGGAGAGUUUGCAAAUGGCCGCACUGUUGAGUUCGCCGACGUUGGAUGUGGAUACGGAGGCCUUCUGAUGAGGUUGUCUCCUAAGUUUCCAGACACUUUGAUGAUCGGAAUGGAGAUUCGAGUCAAAGUUUCUGAUUACGUGAAUGAGAAGAUCAAUGCUCUGCAAAAGCACCACGAAGCAGACGGUCACUACCGAAACAUUGCCGUUCUCCGCUCAAAUGCCAUGAAAUAUAUGCCAAACUACUUCCACAAAGGGCAGCUCUCCAAGAUGUUCUUCCUGUUCCCAGAUCCACACUUCAAGAAUAAAAAGCACAAAUGGAGGAUUAUCACGCCGACUCUUCUUGCCGAAUAUGCAUAUGUUCUUCGUGAAGGAGGUAAUAUUAUAUGGCUCAAUGAUUGAUUGCAUUUCUAAUCAUGCAAUGUUACCAGUGAUCACUAGUAGUGCGGAAUGGGACUGUUCAUCUGAUAAGGGAGGCGGGUAUAAACGACGAAAAAUGUGUGUGCGUCCCCGUUUCUCGCUAUCAAACACUCUUCGUCGCCGACCGCGUGGUCAUAGUUUUUGCCACAUUUCAUCACCGAAAUCGCUAACUUCCCAUAGAUCUUUGCAAUUUUUCAACCUCUGAACGCCCGACGGCCGUCCGAUUUUAUUCCAUUGAACACGUAGGCUUCAAUCUUCUUUAGAAUAGGCGCCAGUUUCGGGAAACAGUUGGCAUUCCAUCGCACGUGGGUCAAAAAGAAAGGAGCUGGAGUGAUCGAUUAAAAAACCAGUUCUCUCUCUCUUUCUCCCGUUCUUUUUCUUUUCCACCUCUAUUUGUGCCGUCCAAGUGUGCGCACAAGUUGCCAGGAAUUGUCAUCAUUUGUUUGUCCAGAGGGAACCCACCCAUUUUCAGUUAGAUCCUUUCCAGGCCUCAUUUACACGAUCACCGAUGUGAAAGAUCUUCAUGAUUGGAUGGUAAAGCAUCUGAGCGAGCAUCCGCUUUACGAGCGACUGACUGAUGAUGAAAUGAAGGCAGAUCCGGUCGUGGAAUUGCUGUACGAAAGCACGGAAGAAGGACAAAAAGUGACUCGAAACGCGGGAGAAAAGUGGCCCGCUGUCUUUAGAAGACUCCCUAACCCGCCUUUGUAAUCCUUUUGCGGCUUACUUCCUCUUCGUUACAUUCAUCAAUUUUUCAUGAGACUCUUUCUCUCUUUCCGUAAUUUAUCUCCAUAGCCCUGUUGAUUUUCCAACCCGAUUGUUUGUUAAAUGAAUUUUUACCUUUUUAUUCGCCUUCUGCCGUUUUUUAGAGUUUUCGAGCUCAAUAUCUUUUUCAAAAUUCGACGCUUGUAUCUUUCCUCUUUUCAGGAUAUUUUCAGUACUGGGCAAAAAUGGGAGGCGGCGGUGAAGAUGAGUACGAAUCGCUUCCCACGCACAGCAUUCCCGUAAGUGACGAUUCAAUCUACUUCAAUCCUCGAGUUACCACCUCGUUAGCUUCAGGUACAUCUGGCUGCAGGAGCUCUUGCCGGUGCCGUCGAGCAUUGUGUCAUGUUUCCAUUCGAUUCGGUAAAAACGCGGAUGCAGUCUCUGUGUCCUUGUCCCGAAACGAAGUGUCCCACUCCGGUGCACUCGUUGAUGAGCAUGGUCAAAAGAGAAGGAUGGCUCCGACCCUUGCGAGGAGUGAAUGCAGUCGCUGCGGGAUCGAUGCCGGCUCACGCUCUUUACUUCACAGUUUAUGAGAAAAUGAAAGGAUUUCUGACUGGGAAUAUGGCCGGACAUGAGCACACUUUGGCUUAUGGAGCAUCCGGAAUCGUGGCCACACUCGUCCACGAUGCCAUCAUGAAUCCUGCCGAAGUGGUGAAGCAGCGUAUGCAGAUGGCCUUCUCUCCCUACGGAUCUUCCCUUGAAUGUGUUCGAUGCGUCUACAAUCGUGAAGGAAUUGCAGCUUUCUACAGAUCAUACACGACUCAGUUGGCGAUGAAUAUCCCGUUCCAGACAAUCCAUUUUAUGACAUACGAGUUCUGGCAGCAAGUUCUCAAUCCGGAGCACAAGUACGAUCCGAAGUCGCAUCUGAUCGCCGGAGGUCUUGCUGGAGGUCUCGCCGCCGCUCUGACGACGCCAAUGGACUGCGUGAAGACUGUUCUGAAUACCCAACAGGCGGCCGAAGCGGAUCCAUCGAGCAGGCGGAUCUUCUUGCAGGUGAGACUUCGAAGCGGUCCUUAGCUUCUCUAAUCUGAAAGGAUGAGUUGCAGGCAAGGUAUCGUUACCGCGGAAUUUCGGAUGCGGUGCGGACGAUCUAUUCUCAGCGCGGACUUGCUGGGUUCUCGUGUGGAUUGCAGGCUAGGAUCAUAUUCCAGGUAUGUCAACAGAGAAACCGGAAGAGAGCAAUCAUUUAUUCGUUUAGGUGCCAGCUACUGCGCUCUCCUGGUCCGUCUACGAGCUUUUCAAAUUCAUGCUGUCUUUCGAAGGAGGUCAUUCGAGCUGA